UUUUCCAGUCGGACAACAUUAGUGUGCGUGCGCAUCCUGAACAAUGGAGGCAGUUAACUUUAUGUUUGAGUCCUCGGUGAACUUUAUGGACUGUAAACUUUCUAAAACUGAGUUACUGAGAGGAAUCGUUACCGAGAAACUGACGACGGCAGCGCGGGAAAUCUUGGCGGUUGUGGAGAGAACCGUAUCCGGUUACGAGGAGGAGGCGGCGGGUCUGAGGCAGGAGAUCGACCGGCAGAGGAUCCAGCUGGAGGCUAUCCUGCAGCCUCGAGUGUCUCUGUGUCGGAUAGAUGAAUCUGACGAUGACGAGGAUGAAGGAGGUGAACCCGGAGAUGAGGAAGAGCGGCAGACGCACGUGGACGCCUCAGACAGCUGGGGCAACUUUGUCCCUGAUGAAGACGAGGGUGAAGACGAGGGGGGGGAGGACUCUGCUGAGGAUCCUGUGAAGAGCUCCAGUCUAGAUCCUGGAUCCAUGAGGGACCCUGGUCCUCAAAGAGCCAGUACAAGUGGUCGAUGUUUGAAGAGGCAGAGCAGCACGCGGGUCUACCUGCUGCAGGACGCCCAGGACAACGCCGUCUCUGAACACGCUGUUGAUUUAUUCCAGACAUCAGAGAACUUCCUGAGCAGCAGAGAGCAGCCGAGUCCUCCGACCAGAAACCACCAAACCACCGAGGACACCGUCAGCCGUCUUUCAAGCUCUCACGUGCGUCCUGUCGGAGGAGUGGCGAUUAAAGCAUCGGGUCGACAACAGGUGAAGAGCGAGGAAGACUGGGAGCUCAUUUCUCUUUCAUCUGCAGCUGAUAGAAACCACAGAGACGAAGAGGAAGAGGAGGAGCUUAAACAAAACAUCCACGAGCAGCUGGAGACACAAGACAAACAUCCAGGAGUCAAAUCAAAGAGAAGGAAACGGAUCCAGUCGCCUCUGACAGCAGCGGCGGCUGAUGGCGGCAGCGGCGGCGUUCCUCUGUCGUGUAAAGUGUGUAAAGUUUUACGCGGCUCGCUGAACAUGUUGAUCAAACACUCGUGGAGUCACGUGGAGGAUCCAGAGAGACUGUGUGGAGUCUGUGGAGAACAGUCAGAGACUCCAGAGGAGCUGAGGACUCAUCUGGAGAGUCACAAGAAAACAUUCAGCUGUGACGUCUGUGGGAAGAACUUCCUGUCUAACCGCGGCCUCCGCUCCCACGCUCCCCUUCACACGGGAGAGAAACCGUACGAGUGUGACAUCUGCAAGAAGACGUUUGCGAUAGAGAGAACUUUGAAGAGUCAUCGCCUGGGACAUGUGGAGGAGAAACCACACAAAUGUCACGUCUGUCAGAAGUCGUUUGCGUUCAAACAGCUGCUGAUGAAUCACAGCCGGAGCCACACGGGCGAGAAGCCGUACACCUGCGACCUGUGCGGGAAGUCCGUCUCGGAUUUCCGAUCUUUAUCCCGACACAAGAUGAGUCACUCCGGGAGGAAACGUUACAGCUAUCCGUUUUUUUAACUGAGAGGGACUCUGAGACGUUUACUGCAAAAAGACUUCCAGCUGAAAGCAGGAAGUCUUUGUUCCUUCCUGUCUGCACGAUAAUCAAAAGUCACGCUUGUUGAAAAGAACAUUUCAACGUUUAAAGUUUACGUAGUUCGCUCUCUCUCUCCGAUGUUUAGAAUCUGGACUGCAGUACCCAGUUUCAACACUAGGUGUCAGAUUACAUUGCUGCUUUAAGGUUCCUGAACAGACAGUCCAGUGCUGCACACUGAUGUUCUUUUCACCUUUGUCACCACCAGAGGGCGCCAAAGUGUUUAAAGGAAAUUAAAAAGUAGAUCUCAUCUUUAUCUGUGAAGUUUAGGAUCAAAGUAGAGGGAAAGUCUGAGAUGAUUCUUUGUGUUAUGAAGAAUAUGUUCAUUAUUAUUUUGGGACCCCCUGCUGGCCUCUUCUUAGAACUACAGUUGUCUCAUCAAACUUUUAGUUUCAGAUUUAUUUUGGGGCUUUUUGUCAUCAUGUGAGAGGACAGCAGAGAGUCUGGAUUACAUGAGGGACAGGAGCCACAGGUUGGACUUGAACCGGGGCGUCCCCCCCCCAUGUCUCAUGACAGUUUAUGUAAAGGUGGACGCACAUCUGCUCGACUUUUUAUUCCAUUACAUUAAACUGACGAUGACUUAAAGCUUCUAAAUAUUCAAGUUGUGCCGGCCAAUUAAAAAAACAAAAGAAAUCC